AUAAAGCCUGACAACGUAAACAAUGAAAGUGUCCGCCCGCAUUAGUAACGCCGGGUUAUUUGCUCCUUGGAAAAGAAAUUAGACAAUAUUUACAGUUGGAAGAAGUUUCAUUACAUUCAAUAAGAAACUCUACUUUGUUUGGUCUAAUCUAACAAUAUUAAUUCCAAACAUUAAAUGACGAAACAAGAUCAAUUAUGAAUCACUAACGUAAUGACUGUAUUGAAUAUCUUUUAUCGCAAAUAAUAUUGGAAAUUUAUAAAACCUACAGAAUGGCCGAGGCAUCUGAGACUGACAGUGUUGAUAAUUCAUAUUUAAAGGAAGAGGUUGGAGAAGCAUUAGUUGAAGCAGUUGCUGGUGUUUGUGAUGCUAGACCAGCUGAUCCUAUUACAUAUAUCGCUAAUAAAUUGUACGACUUUAGACGCAACCAUUUAUUGGUUGAUACCAAAGUUGAGAAAGAGAGAGAGGUAGCAGAAACACCACCAACGAUAGAAGAAGAUGAGAAGGAAUCAACUGCUAAAGAGGAGGAUUCAGAAGACGAAGAGGAGAAUACUUCUGCAAAAAGAUUACUGCGCAUUAUUCAAAAUGCCUCCAGCGUCAAAGAUAGAUGCAAUGCGAUCAUGUUCAUCAGACGAGAUUUAUCUAACGAAAUAGAGCCACCCAUACAGAAAUACGUUAAUGCAGGAGCUAUUCCCAUAAUAAUUGACUGCUUGGCCGACUCUGACACGACAAUUCAGUUUGAAGCAGCAUGGGUUUUAACAAAUAUAGCUGCUGGUUCUCCAGAGCAAACGCAUGCAGUAUUUGAGGCAGGUGCGGUUCCAGUUUUAUUGGAGCUGCUGAAAAAGUCUACAAAAUCAAAUGUUAGGGAUCAAUGUAUAUGGACUUUAGGAAAUUUAAUGGGUGAUAAAUCCCCUAAUAUAACAAACUUUAUAAUACGGGAAGGCUUUAUAGAAAUGCUUAUGGGUGUUAUAUGCAGAGCAUCUACACUUAGUGAAAAGCGAGAUUUAUCAUGGUGUAUCAUAAAUUUAGUUCGCAACAAGUCAGUUGAUGCAUUAACACAAGAAAGAAUUCGGAAACUCUUACCUGUUAUCUACUUCCUUCUUGGUGAUAGUGAUUUCCAAGUUAUGCUGGAUACUAUAUGGUCAUUAAGCUAUGUUGCUGACCUGCACAGUACUAGCAUUCAAGAUAUUCUUGACAUGGGUCUAGUACCUAUAUUGUUGCCAUAUUUAAGUCCAGGAAAUCAACCAAGGAUUAUUGUUCCCACUUUACGAACAAUUGGUAAUCUAAUUACUGGGUCAGAUCAACAAACACAGCACGUUCUUGAUGCGGGUUUAAUAGAGAAAUUUUCUAACUUACUAUCGGACCAAGUGCCAGAUAAUUUAAGAAGGGAGGCACUCUGGUGCGUGUCUAAUAUGACGGCAGGCACACCUCAACAAAUUCAGGAAGUUUUGGAUGCAAAUUUGAUACCUAAAGUGCUACAUCAUUUAUUGAAUGGUCCGAAAAAUGUUCAAAGAGAGGCUCUGUGGGUUUUAGGGAAUAUGGCUCAAGGUGCAGUUCAAGAGCAACUCAACAAAGUAUGCUCCGAGAACGAAGUUAUUAUCUCAUUAGUUCGAUUAUUUGUCAAUGGUUUACCGGUAUUGGAGCCACUGGAUUUUGAAGAUGACUUUCAAUUACCCAAAGAUACUUGUAGUAUGACAAUUGACUCUGGUAGAGGUACUCUGGAUUCAGCAGAUCUAACACUAUCCAAUCAACAAAAUGUUGAAACCUUUUAUAUAAAAUAUGCUACAAAACAACGCAAAUUAGCAAAGCAGCUCCGUAGCAAAUUCGGAUCUGAUUUAAUAUCUGUCUGGGUAGAAUCUGUUGAAAAUUUUUCAUUAAAAAUUGAGGAUAAAGAAAAACUAUAUCAAGAACUUUACGAUUCGGACGGCAUUUUCUGCUUGCAUAUUCUUGGUCAGUGCGCCGCCUACCGCCAAACAGUGAUAAAAACUUUUAUGAAUAUGAAGAAAACAAGAGAGUGCGAAAGACUGAUUUAUUCAUUCCCCACUGAUCAAACCCCUUCUGAAAGCGGUAGUGAAGAGGCUAUAGACGAGGAUGAGAAUGAUGAUGAAGAUGUAAACACGCAUAUUCAUAAUUAA